GUUGUGCGAUCGGAAGAGAAGAGGAUGAAGACUACAAGGAGCCACCACCGGCGCCGUUUUUCGAGCCAGGCGAGUUGUCGUCAUGGUCGUUUUACAGAGCCCGUAUCGCAGAGUUCAUCGCCACCUUCUUGUUCCUCUACAUCUCGGUGUUGACUGUAAUGGGGGUGGUCAAAUCUCCGACGAAAUGUGGCACGGUGGGUAUUCAAGGAAUCGUGUGGGCUUUCGGUGGUAUGAUCUUCGCUCUUGUCUACCGCACCGCCGGUAUCUCAGGUAUGUUUCCACUCUCCACCGGAACCCUAAUUUUAUCUUCUUUCUUCUUCAAAUCGUCUACAAACUACGUUUCAUCUUCAACACAGGAGGGCAUAUUAACCCAGCUGUCACAUUCGGUUUGCUAUUAGCAAGAAAACUGCCGUUGACCAGGGCAGUGUUCUACAUGGUGAUGCAGUGUCUUGGAGCGAUCUGUGGUGCCGGAGUUGUGAAAGGGUUUCAGGGUGAUGCGCAGUACACGACGUUAGGCGGUGGUGCUAAUGUCGUCGCCCAUGGUUACACCAAGGGUGAUGGUCUUGGUGCUGAGAUUGUUGCCAUUUCCAUGCUUGUUUACACCGUGUUCUCUACAACUGAUGCUAAAAGAAGCGCCAGAGACUCCCAUGUCCCUAUUUUGGCUCCUCUUCCAAUUGGGUUUGCGGUGUUCUUAGUUCAUUUGGCCACCAUCCCCAUCACCGAAACUGGAUGUUGCUUCUUUGGUGAUUCAUUGACUGUCAAUCAAAAGGAAACACAUGUUGAAACAGAAUAA